AUGGAGGCGGAGAGAACAGGCGAGACAAGUGAGGACGGACAACGGCGGAAUACAGCAGAGCAACCACCACCACUAGUGGCUGAGGAGAGAAGGAAGAAGAGUCUGAGAGUCCUGGUAGCAGUUGACGAGAGCGAUGUCAGUUUAUACGCUCUAAAAUGGACUCUCGAACACCUCUUCAAGACUCCGGUCGCCGCUGCAGCUGUAACUCCUGACACCGUUGAAACAAUCCCUGAUCCCGAACAGGGGAUGGUCACCGUGGCUCAUGUCAUGGAACCUUUCGAGCGCUACAUGUUCCCUGCAGAGCCAUCAAUGUAUACAUCCGUCGCUAUGGUGGAAUCUGUGAGAGCAGCACAACGGGAAAAGGCUGCGGAACUUCUCUCUCGCGCAUUUCAAAUUUGCAAAGAAUCGAAGAUCAAAGCAGAAACCUUAAUUUUGGAAGGGAAUCCGAAACAGAUGAUUUGUGAAGCUGUAGAAGAAAUGCAUUUUGAUCUUCUUGUUGUUGGUAGCCGUGGACUCGGCGCUAUCAAAAGAGCUUUGAUAGGGAGUAUAAGCGACUUUUGUGCACACCAUGCAAAUUGCCCGAUACUGAUAGUGAAGCCUCCCCGCAAGUAG